AUGCACGAGAUGGUAACUGUUCCUGGUACAAAGGACGUUUCUGAUGAGUAUCCUGUGAGUACUGUUAAUGCCAGAUCUAAUGUGUUCUUUGAUUUAAACCAGAGAGUAGAAACCUACGAGGAAUAUACUGCUAAGUUUUCUCUUAAUGAUGUAUCUGGCAGUGCUAGUCCUUUAAAGAAUUCUUAUCUGUGUACUGGUCUCAAGGAAUUAUCUCAUCCUUAUGCUGCCAGGAAUUCAUCUCAGAAUUCCUCUCUUGUUAUAACAAGCAGUUCUGAUCCUGGCAAAGAGAAUAAGUGUCCUGCUUCUAAUUAUAAAAAGAAACUGGAUAAAAUUCCUGCUUCUUAUACCAAAGUGAAACCAGAUAAGUUGCUUGCCCCUGAAACCAUGGACCAACCGGAUAAGUUCCCUCCUCCUCAUACCAAAGGGAAAGCAAAGAAGUUUCCUUCAUCUAAUAACAAUACUGCUCCUGAUAUGCACGAGAUGGUAACUGUUCCUGGUACAAAGGACGUUUCUGAUGAGUAUCCUGUGAGUACUGUUAAUGCCAGAUCUAAUGUGUUCUUUGAUUCAAACCAGAUUAUAGCAAAUUUUACCGAGGAUGAACGGGAAACUUUGUCUAUAACCUCGGAAACUGAAUCUCUAGACUUGAUUCAAGAUCAGGAUUAUCUUGAGAACCAUGAAAGUAUAGAUGUAAACCAGUUGAUCGACGAAUUUGAUGUUGACGAAUGGAAGAAAAUUACAUCAGAUAUCAGGAAGGAUGCUGUUAAAAAGUACACUUACGACUGUCCUUACUGUAAAAAACCCUUCCAACAACUGAAACGGCACUUAAAAGCUAAGCAUUCGGAUGAAGUUGAAGUACAGGAAAUGCUGAAAGGAACGAGUAAAGAGAAAAAUUCUAAGUAUAAGGCCAUUAUGUAUAAAGAACAACUCAGAAAAAAUAUAGAAAAAGGAGUUCCUAAGGAGGGUAUUAGAUCUGACUGUAAUGCAGAUCAAAUUGUAAGCUGUAAGGGAUGCUGGAAGACGAUGAAAUCAAGUAGUUACACGCAGCAUCUAAAAAUAUGUUUUUUUAAAGAAACUAUUCAAAGCUCUAAAGCUCAUACCUUUGCUCAUAUACAGAAGCUGAGCCCAACCCUCAGCACCCUAUUCGGAUGCAUGUUGGAUGAUGAGAUUGGUAAAGCUCUGAAAAAAGAUCCCCUAAUUAUCAAGUAUGCAGAAAAGAAAAUCAAGGAAAAGGUAGAUACUAGUGUGAGGUCCUGGCAAACAAAACUAAAGUCGUAUUUGAGACUAAUGGGUAGAUUUCUCAACGAGGCCCAAAAAGAGGAUCCAAAGUCAACAAUGACCUUUCUUUUGUCUGGUACUCCAAAGUUUGAUAGCUUGAUACAGUAUGCUGUCAGAGCAGCAGGUGGAAACGAGGAACAGAUGAACACUGAGGCUGCCACAAUACCUGGAAGAAUUGGUAAUCAGCUGAAAAACCUCUUAGAUUUCCUAGAAGAAUUAGCGCUUGAUGAACCAAAGAGUUUAAAUAGAUCGGAAAAAAUAAAAGACAUCAAAGAACUUCGCAGGUUAUUCGAGCUGAAGUGGAACAAUGAGGUAACUGUAAAAGGAGCACAAAUCUUGCAGCAUAAAAAUCGGACUAAGUCAAAGGCCCUUCCAUCUCUAGAGGAAAUUAUGGAGCUAUCGAGGUACCUCGUCAAGGAGCUAGCCACUGCUGUUAAGAUUCAGAAAGAAAAUCCUUCAAGGUCUAACAUCAGGAGGUUGAUAGAUGCAGCAUUUGGUCGUAUUAAGUGUUUCAAUCGGCGGAGAGGCGGGGAACUUAGCGAUCUAACAGUGCAAGACUACCUAGAUGGGCUCCAAGUCAGCAUUAAGUCCGACGAUGUGAUGUUUGAAGCUCUAUCAGAGAAACAAAAGAAGUAUGCUUCAUCUAUGGCCUGCAUUGUUGUUAAUGGAAAGGGAAAUCAUGACAACUUUGUGCUUCUUAAACCGGAUAUGCAAGAAGCACUACAAGUCAUUUUGUCCAGCAAAGCCUCGUGUGGUGUAUCAGACGGAAAUCCAUAUCUAUUUCCUAUUCCAGGUCUCCUGACGGCAAUUAAUGGCUCUAAUACGAUGACUAAACAUUUUCAG